UAAACACAUUCAUUCACUCCUAGCUAACCGACUGAUUGCAAUGGCAUCAACACUAGACACAAAAUCUGUAGUUGUUACCUUGUUCAUAUAUUUGUGGACAUGCACAUCUCGUGCUACAUCCCGGGCACUCUCUGAACCUUCCAUUGCUGCACUGCAUGAAGACUGGGCUGUCCUGCAUGGCCGUGUUUAUGCUAAUAGCGCAGAGAAGGACAGACGCCAACAGAUAUUCAAGGACAACUUGGACUUCAUACGCAAACACAACAGCCAAGAAAACAAGAGCUACACUUUAAGCACAAACCUUUUUGCUGAUUUAACUAACGAUGAAUUCCUCGCGUCUCACACAGGAGCUCUUUAUAACCCACACACUCUACCACCUUCCUCCAGCAUCAACCGCAGUCUCUCUGUCGUUACGUCAAGCUUGGAUUGGAGAAAGAAAGGAGCCGUUAACAAAAUUAAGUACCAAGGCCAAUGUGGGAGUUGCUGGGCAUUUUCAGCUGUGGCGACAGUUGAGGGGAUUACCCAAAUAAAAACUGGAAACUUGAUUUCGUUGUCUGAGCAACAAUUGGUGGAUUGUGCCAGCUAUCACGGAUGCCACGGAGAAUCCUUGGAAAACGCCUUUGGGUAUAUAAAAAGCAUGGGUCUUGGAACUGAUGCAGAAUACCCUUACAAGGAAACAACUGGGAGUUGCCAUUCUGUGAAUCCUGCAGCCAGGAUUGGAGGUUUCCAAAUGGUGCCUCAGCAGAGGGAGGAGGAACUUCUUCAGGCAGUGAGCAGGCAACCCGUCUCUGUAAUCCUUGAUGCUAGUGGACAAGCAUUUCAGUUUUACAAGGGAGGAGUUUUCGGUGGUGAGUGUGGAACUCAACUUAACCAUGCUGUUACUGCAAUUGGGUAUGAUGAGGAUGCAAAUGGCAAGUACUGGUUGAUAAGAAAUUCUUGGGGUGAAGGAUGGGGAGAGGAGGGUUACAUGAAGAUUAUGAGGAACACCGGCGUCCCCGAAGGUCUAUGCGGCAUCAACAUGCAUGCCACUUAUCCCCUACUCUAAGUAUGCUUAUUUUUCAUUACGUCUAUACGCACCUCUUUCCUUUUCUCGUUCAAUUAAUUAAGCUACAAUUAUGUAGCAUGCUCUAUGUUUUGACAACAGCUCUGUCUGUGUCAAUCAUUCUUAUUCACUUUUGUUAUAUUAUUAAUGCAAUAUUAUAUCAUUACAAUUUA